CGCGCGAGCUCUGCGGAGGCUGCGCGCGCAGAUGGGCGGGCGGUGAGGGCAGCGGGCCGAGGGGGAGCGCGAUGAUGCUGGGCGAGGCGGCGGCCCUGGCGGCCCUGGCCGAGGAGCCUCCCCCGGCGGCGGCCUCGGCGCUGCGGAGCGAGCUGGGCUCGCACCUGCACCUGCUGAAGGGGCUGAACGUGCGCUUCCGCUGCUUCCUGGCCAAGGUGCACGAGCUGGAGCGCCGCAACCGCCUGCUGGAGAAGCAGCUGCAGGCCGCGCAGCUGGGCGAGCGCGAGCGCCGCCUCCGCUACCGCCGCUUCCCCCGGCACCAGGCCGUGCAGACCGACCCCCAGCCGCCCCUCGGCCCGGCCGCCGCCCCUUCCCCGGCCGCCGCCGCUGCUUCCUCCGCCGCCGCCGCCUCCUCCUCGCCCUACGGCCGCCUGCCCGGCACCAUCUGGAGCUACCGGCAGGUGCGGCGGACGGGCGGCGGCGGGCUGGAGACCCUGCAGGGCCCCGGCGUGUCGUGGGUGCACCCGGACGGCGUGGGCGUCCAGAUCGACACCAUCACGCCCGAGAUCCGCGCCCUCUACAACGUCCUGGCCAAAGUCAAGCGCGAGAGGGACGACUACAAGGGCAGGUGGGAGGAGGAAGUGGCCAAGCGGAUGCGGUUGGAGUCGAUGGUGGAGACGCUGCAAGAGGAAGCCCACGAAGCUGAAGCUCUCCAGGAGGAGCUGAAUGAGAAAAUCGGGAGGCUGAAAGCCGAGCUGGUGGUCUUCAAGGGCCUGAUGAGCGACCCCAUGACCGAUCUGGACUCAAAGAUCCAAGAGAAAGCCAUGAAAGUGGACAUGGACAUCUGCCGGCGUAUCGAUAUCACAGCCAAGCUGUGCGAUGUAGCACAGCAGCGCAACUCGGAAGACGUUUCCAAGAUAUUCCAGGUGGCCUCCAAGAAGAAGGAGCGCCGGUUCACGUCGGAAGAAGACGUGGCCGAGCAGGACACGGACAACGCCCGCUUCGCGGAGGAGGAGGUCAGCUGCUCUCUGAACAUCACCGAUGAAAUGAAGAGGAUGUUCAAUCACUUGCGGGAGACCUUUGACUUUGAUGACGACUGUGACAGCUUGACUUGGGAGGAAAACGAGGACACUCUGCUCCUGUGGGAGGACUUUACCAACUGCAACCCCACCGUGGAGCUCCCAGGAGAGCAAGAGGAGAACUUGGGCAACUUAAUCCACGAGACGGAAUCUUUCUUCAAAACCCGAGACAAAGAAUAUCAAGAAACGAUAGGACAGAUCGAGCUGGAACUGGCCACCGCGAAGAGCGACAUGAACCGUCACCUCCACGAGUACAUGGAGAUGUGCAGCAUGAAGCGAGGCCUGGACGUCCAGAUGGAGACCUGUCGGCGGCUGAUCAAAGGCUCCGCGGAAAGGAAUUCCCCCUCGCCCAGCUCGCUCGCCAGCAGCGACUCAGGAAACACGGACGAGAUUCAGGAUGACUUUGACCGAGAAGCCGACGUCGAGCCGAUGGUCAGCUGAUGAACGCCCGGAGCGUGGGGCACGGAGGAGGGAUGGGUGGGGUGCGGGACGGGAAAGAACAGAAAAACUUCCACAAAACCUGGGGAAAAGUCGAAAACUUGGCAGCGUGAGGGAUCCAGGACUUCAGCGUCCUCAGCCGGCGUUCCCGGAGGGCCCGGCCCUCCCACGUCAUCUCAGGAUUGGUGCUGUAAAAAAACAACAACAACAAAAACUUUUGUACUGUUCCGUCAACAACAAAUGUGACAAAAACUGCAGUUCUACCUGUGCCUUCGCCCCAGGCUGGGCCCAACCGUGUUCCUGCGUGGGCACGUCCACCUGCUUCGGACGGAAGGCCAGCUCCUGGUGAUGGGCGCCUCUGCCGCGAGAAGGGGGGGGAGGUGGACUUAAGAGGCUUCAGACCGACGUCCUUCUUUGGCGGCCCGCCCGGGGUGGCCGAUCCAGGGAGAGCCUGGGAGGGUAAGGCCGCGGCAGGGCAAAGCCAGAAGGACCACAGGGUGGGGAAGGUCGCAGUUUUUAACUACUAUGCAAAAAAAAAAAAA